UCCUCCAUUCUAAAACUUAAGCCUUGAGAUUGAAAAUGGCAGUGAUUCCAAGCCACUUCGGUAACCCAAGAAGCAGCAUUUUCGAUCCCUUCUCUUUUUUAGCCCUGUGGGAUCCAUUCAAGGACUUUCCUUUCCCUUUCUCUUCUAGUGAAAAUUCUGCCUUUGGUAACACUCGCAUUGAUUGGAAAGAGACUACAGAAGCUCAUAUCAUCAAGGCUCACCUUCCUGCGCUCAAAAAAGAGCAAGUGAAAGUGGAAAUUGAAGAUGACAGAAUGCUGCAAAUCAGCAGAGAGAGGAAUGUGGAGAAGGAAAACAAGAAUGAUAUAUGGCACUGUGUGGAGCGUAGCAGUGGCAAGUUAUUGAGGAUGUUCAGGCUGCCGGAGAAUAUGAAAAUGGAUAAGCUCGAGGCUUCUAUGGAGCGUGACUGUUCCUAAAGAAGAAAACAUGAAAGCGGAUGUUAAGGCUAUUGAGAUUUCUGGCUGAGAUACUAUUUCUUGUGAAAAAUAUGUAGAUAGAUAAAAGAUUGGUGUUUGUUCUGUAAAUUUACAGGUAUGAUUAUUGGU